AUGGACUUCAAAUCUAUCCAAACACAAGCACAACAGUACCUAAGCAAAAUUGACCAACACACUAAGAAGAUUGGUGUCUUGGACCAAUUUGAACAACAAACCAAACUUCCAAGAUCCUAUGCCGUUUUAGGUGCAGCGGGUCUUUACAUGUUGUUGGUCUUUCUUAAUCUUGGUGGAAUUGGACAAUUGUUAAGUAACUUGGCUGGCUUUGCAUUCCCAGGUUACCUGUCGCUGAAGGCAUUAAAGACUCAAACCAAGAGUGACGACACCAAAUUGCUAACAUACUGGGUUGUCUUUGCUGGCUUACAAAUCAUUGAGUUCUGGUCAAAGACCAUUUUAUACUGGAUUCCAGCAUACUUCUUGUUCAAAACCUUGUUUUUGGUUUAUAUUGCACUUCCAGCAACUAACGGAGCAGAGCUCAUCUACACCAAGAUCCUUGCGCCAGCAACCGAUAGAUUUAUCACUGUUGAUCCAGCAUCUGACUUAUUGAACAAGGUCCAAGAAAAGACCGAGUAA